CGUUGUUUACAGUAUGGCUGUCAAAAAUGACAACCGAAGAAGCUACACUCUGUCCUAAGACAACAGCCAUAUCAGACGAUUAUGAUGUCAACUGGCAUGAUAAACUUGGAACUGGGAUAAAUGGACCUGUGAGGUCUUGUAGGCACAAAGUAUCUGGUGUGAAAUAUGCCCUGAAGAGUAUCUUGGACUCAUCGAAAGCCCGUCGUGAAGUUCACAUCCACUCGUUGUGUAGAAGUCAUCCCAACAUCGUCGGUUUGCAGGAUGUUUAUGCAAACAACGUCCGCUUUUCUGGGGAUGAUGAACCCCAGUUGCUGCUGGUGCUGGAGCUAAUGGAUGGAGGGGAGCUGUUCGAUCGCAUCAUAGAGGAACAGUGCCUCACGGAGCGAGAAUGUGCUGGCUAUCUCAAACAGAUAGCCGAGGCUGUCCAUCACUGCCAUAGCCUGAAUAUAGCACAUAGAGACUUGAAACCAGAAAAUCUACUUCUAAGUAAUACCACAAAGGAAGCCACUGUGAAGCUCUCCGACUUUGGUUUUGCCAAGUUUGAUGAUGGUGACCUGAAAACACCCCACUUCACACCCUACUAUGUUGCUCCUCAGAGCUGUGACAUGUGGAGUAUGGGCGUGAUCCUGUACAUCAUGUUGUGUGGCUACCCUCCCUUCUACUCCGAGACACCAAGUCGCUCCAUCACUACUGAGAUGAAAAGGAAAAUCCUUAAUGGUGAUUACGAGUUUCCCGAACAAGACUGGGAGAGGAUAUCAGAGUCAGCUAAGGACGUCAUCCGUGGUCUUCUCCAUGUGGAUCCCUCUCAGCGUAUGACAAUCUCAGAUCUCCUACAUCACCCCUGGUUGCAUGAUGCCUCCGACAACAAACUACACUCUCCGGCAGUUAUUGCCAGCAAGGAAAGUUUCGAAGAUGUUAAGAUUGCCCAUGCAGAACAUCUGACCAAGAUGAGGAUGUCCGAGAACCAGCUGACGUUGAAACCCCUCGUUCAGGCAGACAAUCCUAUCAUCAGGAAGCGAAAGAGAAGGAUAACUUCAGGGACCGAUGUUGAGAUGGAGGAGGAAAGUCAAGGGAAGCGACUCUCAAUAGACAACACUGGCAACAGUGUCAGAUAACACCUUGUUGACAGGCCAACUAGAGUCUUUUAGAAGCUAAAAAAGGCAGCAAGUUUAGAGACAAAUCCUAAUGCAUACUUAGCCCACUUCAAACAAUGGGAAACUUAGCCUCCGGAUCAAGACAAGGCCCCUACCUGUCUGUGGUCCUUCUAUGUUGUGACAUGCAUGACUCAGGGUCGCCAUACAGUAUCUGAUUGUUGUGUCCACCUGACAAAUUUGUCUGCGUGAUUCCAGCUAAGGAGAGGUCCCGAAGAUCUGUCUGCAGCAAACCAUGAAUGUCAUGGCAAUUGAGAGGAUUGGUUUGUCAUUUGACUUCUUUGAUUCAUGUCUUAAUCGGAUAGAGCAUUGCUGAUUAAGUUAGUCAGUGGGUUGUGUGACUCAAUUAUUUACAUACUGCUUUGAUAUAGGCAUAAUUUGUUGACUGCGUGUCAUAUCAUAAUACUGGUUCAUUGUUCAUCAAUC